AUGCUCCGAUACGAAGGUAGUGGGACAAAUGCCGGGUUUCUACUUUCACAAGGCCUAUCACGACUUGUCAGAGAGAAAUCUGUGACCUUCACUGCAUCCUUAGGUGCUCCGAAGGGGCGACAGUCUACGUCAUCUAAAGAUGUCAAUAGUUACAUCCGAGUCCGGCCUUUAAGAGUCGUUGUCUACGGCUUCCUCUCUGAUAAGGAUACAGUCACAAAUAUAUUGGACAAAGACAACCUGUUCCUCCAACGCCCAGAGGAGUCCGAGUAUGAUAGAACGGUGAGAUAUGUGAAUCCCAUGUACUUCACUCGCCCCGGAGAGGAGAUACCGAGGAUGCCAAAUCCGUUGGCUGUUGCCUCGCUGAGAGACAAGUCUGCAGCUUUUGAUGAAGAGCAGCUCGGAGAAGCAAGCGGGGCAAACGUAAGCCUUGCUUCGGAGAAGGUGAAGCAAAGUUCGAGGAUUAUCUCGACCCUUAAAGAGCACCAACUUAUUGCACUUGCUACAAUGAUUGAAAGGGAGCAAGGUGCGCUAGACGGCAACUCAAAAUACCCCUCACUUUGGCAGCCGUCUAUUGAAGGGGGAAACCAGGAAAUGGGCUUGGGAAAGACGCUCUCUACCCUAGCUCUCAUUUGCCACCAUCUCGACAGAAUAUCCAACGCCGCCACGCCUCAGACAUCCCGCAUGUCCAGAGCAACUUUGAUAGUCACCCCAAAAUCAACCAUCUAUGGCUGGCAACAACAGAUAACGAGACAUAUUCGACCGGGAGAAUUGAAAUCAUUGGUAUACCAUGGCCACAAACGGCAAGAUUCGGCCGCGGAACUGCACAACAACGACAUAGUCUUCACUACGUAUGACACGCUUCGUUCAGAUUGGGCAAUCUAUGGUCCUCUGUAUGCUUGUUCUUGGACGAGAAUUGUCCUAGAUGAAGCCCACAAAAUCCGCAAUCGUUCAUCCCAGAUCUUCCAAGCAACAUGUGAAAUUCCUGCACACUACCGGUGGUGUCUGACUGGUACACCGAUCCAAAAUUCGCUCGAUGACUUCGGCUCUCUGCUAGCCUUCAUUAGAGUCCCGCCGUUCGUGACGCGCGAUCAGUUCAAGUUCUGGAUAUCCUCGCCCAUUCUCUCGAACCGCGAGCACUCCUUGCAUACACUGCGGAAGCUCGUGUGCGCAACCUGUUUACGGCGUACCAAAGCACACCCUUACCUGGCAUCGACGCCGAAACUGCCUCGAAAAACGGAGUACGUCGAGAUUGUCGAAUUGCUCCCUCAAGAGAGGGAAUUCUACGAGUUUUUCAAACGAAGAUCGUAUCUACUUGCUAGCAAUGAUGCAGUCCCGGAUCCAAAGGCUACAUCCAAGGCAACGAACAAGCGACGAAAACUUGACGCCAGUGGAUCUAUCUCCGGAAAACAGCGUCGCAAGAGCACUGGGAACAUCAUGAUUCUCAUAUCUGUGUUACGCAUGAUCUGUGAUCACGGCCAGGCGCUGCUGCCUCGAGUGGCCUUGGAAGCAUGGCAGAAUCACAACGAAAACAGAGUGCAACAAGCCGACUUGACCGAGUUCUCGUGCAAAAAACACGUUGCAUGCGAGACGUGCUUGAAACCGGCUGAUGGAGCAGCGCUGGCGUGCCCAGUGUGUUCGACAGGCCGAUUAACCUCGCCUCUACCAGGUCUGGGGCGUGGCAUCGGCUCGCCUCAGGCACCCUCUUCCAAGGUUUCAGCAUUGCUGCGUAAUAUCGCGGCUAUCCAUGAGAAUAAGGAUCCUAAAGAUGAAACCCAGUCACCAGCCAAAAGUGUCAUCUUCUCCUACUGGACUGGCAUGCUCGACAUGAUAUCUUGUGCCUUAGACCCUCGACUCUCGUCCCUCAACCUUUCUGCCGUACGGAUCGACGGUCGUUCCACAUUACAGCAGCGUGACGAUGCUCUCAAUCGAUUUAAUUGCGACAGACGUUGCGUAGUUAUGUUGGUUACUAUUGGAGCUGGGGGUGAAGGCAUGGAUUUGACCGUCGCACCCGACGUCCAUAUCGUUGAGCCGCAGUGGAAUCCUAUGGCUGAGGCCCAGGCAGUGGAUCGCGUACAUCGUAUUGGGCAGACUAAGGACGUGACAGUCACAAGGUAUUGUGUGAAGGACAGCAUUGAGGAGGUGAGUACUCCUACUCCAUGUGCAGGAAUCUUGGUAGCAAUAACCUCAAGAUUGAUAUUCUCUAACAACACAUUUACUGAACAAUGA